UCUUCAACAAGACGUGUUCUUUGUGCCAAACCCAUCCACAAUGUCAUACGGUGCUUCGUACGAACAGUACAAUACGCUUUUCCUCAACGAGGCAAGUGAAAUCCACCCAAGCAUAGUAUACCGUAACUUGGGGCUCGUGACGGUGUUGUUAUUGGUCCUUACUCUUUUGUCGUUGGCCACGGCCUUGAUGGUCAAUUUAAAGAACAAGUCUCAUGUGAGUUACUUGGUGAGUGCCAGCAUCGCGUCGUUGUCAAUUGGGUUCGGAAGUAUCUUGUUGUCCAACUACGUGGGCGUAUAUAUCUAGGGAAUAUAAAUCAAUAAAUACAAUUUUUCGGUUAUUGGUGCUACUUUGAUGAAUGUGCUGGAAAUGCGAAAAUCAUUUGUUAGGAACUAUGGUGUUGUACAAGUACAUACUCUUUAUUUGGCAGUGUUUGGCGGUGUUGGCAGCCAGCGACGGGUUCUACGAUAAGAACCCGAACAUCUACGAGUUGACACCUGCCACAUUCGAUAAGGUGGUCAACAAAUCCAACUACACCACGAUUGUCGAGUUCUAUGCUCCGUGGUGUGGAUAUUGUAAACAGUUGAAAUCAACGUUCCAGAAGGUGGGGAAGUUCAUUCAGAACGACGCGAGGUACAGUGUGCACGUGGCGGCCGUGAACUGUGACAAGGGCUAUAACAAAAAGCUCUGUGCUGAUGAGAAGGUUACUGGGUUCCCCACGUUAAAAGUGUUCAGACCACCAAAGUAUGACGCCACCAAGCCUACCGUCACAAAACAUGUAUCGGAGGUGUAUACUGGCCAGAGACUGUUCAAGCCGAUUGUGGACUUCCUCGCCAGCCGGAUCAAAAAUUAUGUCAAACGGGUACACCUGUUUGAACAGGUGAGCACUUGGCUCAACAAGGGCAAUUCCACCAAAAGAGUGCUAUUGGUGACCGAAGUUAGUGCCUUGAGUGCCAUGUACAAGUCCUUGGCAGUGGACUACUUGGGUCUCGUGAGUUUCGGGGUCUUUACCAUCAAGGAGCAACCGACUGAUGCAAAGGUGUCUAUUGGAGACAAAGAGGUGGAAUUGCCAUUGGAGAAAAUGGGCAAGUCGGCUCUCUUGUUAAUCGACACAGAAGAAAAAUCAGUUUUGCGGUACGAAGGAAAGCUUAAUGACAAGUUGAAGAUUUCAAAAUGGAUCAUGGAGAAGUCUGGAGUGCAACCAUUGGAAGGUGAGUUAUCCAACAAGGAGAAGGAAACGUACGAGAGGUACAGACUCGGCAAAAAGAUCAGGAAGCAAAAGAAGCAACCCGAACUUGAACAUGACGAGCUAUAGAAGCGUAUGCGCCACUUGUGCUAAUUAUAUAUAUAUAUAUAUGGGUCAGAACUCGUAAAGUUAUAAAUAUAAUUCUAUAGUAUAUACUAGGCUCUGCCGAUGUUAUCCAUCAUAUCAAGCAAGUCGUCGAGAUCAUCCUCCUUUUUCUCCUCCUUCUUCUCAUCGGUGCAUAUCCAGUUGGUGACAUGCUCCACAUACAACUUCGAGUUGGGCACAAAAUGGCCCCCAGGGUGUUUGAGUAUUGUCGAGUACUCCUUUGCAUACUCGUACAACGCCAUCGACCGAUCCUCGCUGACCACCGUGUCAAGUUCUCCAAGAACAUGUAACACCUUGAAAGAGUCUUGGGGGUUUCUCUUGUUCUGAAAGUAUUUGGCGUAGUGCUCGUUUCCC